GUGAUCUGAGGGUGUUCUGGGAGCUGGGUCGGUGGGGGCUAGGACAGUGUCGAGGGUGUUGCAGACGUGCCAGCGGGGCUCUGGGGGUGUUGUUGCUAAGGGGGUAGAGUUGUUGAUGCUGGAACGUCACCACAGGGUGCCCCUGCCCACAGCUGGGAGUGGGAGCGAUCCUAUCAGCAGUUUCUUUAGGAGCCAGGGUCUACCCUCAGAUGUGGGUGGGAGGGAACACUGCUUGCCCCCCCUAUAUCCCGCUUCAUGGCUGGUUUACGUCAGCCAGGCCCACCUCGGUGCAGUGGAAAUUAGGCUCUUCAGGGACACCCCAUCCCCUUUGGGACUGGCCUGUCCAGGGGGCUGCAGUGAUAGGAGACCCUCUCCCUGGGCCAAGUGCUUGGGAGUCAGUGCCCGAGGGUGUGAGCAGUCAUCCAGUUGGGGUGCCACUGCCAGGAGGUCAUGCUGUUGGAGUGAAGGAUGGUGGCCGUGGACACGACGCUCUGUGUGGAGUGGAAGGAGGUGAAGGCACUGUCACCACUGAGUGCUGCCCGCCCACUGCCCCGACUGGUGCGCCAGGCCUCCUUCGACAGCCAGGACUUCCUCCAGGUCAAUGUUGAGGACACUGUCGAGAUGCUGCCCAAGUCGCGGCGCGCGCUGACCAUCCAGGAGAUUGCUGCCCUGGCCCGCUCCUCACUGCACGGCAUCUCGCAAGUGGUGAAGGAGCACGUGACGAAGCCGACAGCCAUGGCGCAGGGCCGCGUGGCCCACCUCAUCGAGUGGAAGGGCUGGUGUAAGCCAGUGGAGUCACCUGCUGCCCUGGAGAGCGCCUUCAGCUCCUACUGCCACCUGAGCGAGGGCGAGCAGGAGGCGCGAUUUGCUGCCGGGGUGGCAGAGCAGUUUGCCAUCGCUGAGGCCAAGCUGCGAGCCUGGUCCUCGGUGGAUGGGGACGACUCCAAUGACGAGUCCUAUGACGAGGACUUCUUGCCCUCCACAGAGAGCUCCCAGGCCACCGAGCUGUCUGGCACGAUGCCCGCCAGUGCGCUGCUGCGAGACCUGCUGCAGGGCCACCUGUGCCAGCUGGGUGUGCGGCACGGCUCCUGCGAGCCCGAGAGCGACUCCUCGCACACCCUCUCCCCUGAGACUCUCUGCUCCAGCCUCUGCAGCCUGGAGAUGGUGUCCCCCUCCGAACUCACUGCCAAACUACUGGGCUCCCUGGGGGGCGAGGACCUGCUGCUGCCCAAGCUGCCACCCCCAGCCAGCCAAAGUGCCUUGCGGGGCCUGGCACGGCUCCGGUGCCAGGACUCCCUCUACUCCGUGUCCUACGCCGAAGCCUGCCUCUCGCCCGCGGAGGAUGAGGUGGUGCUGAGCAAGGACUUCCCUCUGCGCCGGAAAGUCUCCGAUGUCGCCUCCUCUGGGGUGGCAUCGCUGGAGGAGGAGGAGGACGCUGAAGAGCCCUGACGCCCCCCAGGGUGCCCUGCCUCUCCUGGUGGGGGCCCAGUCCCCCUACCGAAGCCCUCUGGCCAGACCCCAUACUGGGCAAGGGACGGGCCCUGCUGCUGCUCCCCCUCGCUAUCCGGGCGCAGGAGGGGCUCGGGGGACCACUGCAGCCCCCCCAGCCAGUGUGCCCCCACUGUGCCCUGGCCCUGCUUGGCCACAUCGUUGCCCUCCUGGAUUUUUGCAUGAGAGCAGGGAAGAGGCGCAGGGAAGGGCUCGGGGGGUCCGUCCCCCACCCUGAUGCCCAGAUGUGACCCCCAAAACUAACAAGACUAAAUAAGUGGGGCUGACUGUUCGCAUGUUUUCCCCCAAACCACCCUGGGCUCCCCUUUUGGGCACAGGCCCCCACCCCCCCACCACUGGCAUGGCUGAAACUCUCUGAGCAUCCCGUGGUGCCCCCACCACCCUGAGCCAGGAUGGUGGUGGCCAUUUGGGGUGGGAGGGGCUUUUCUCCUCUCUCCCUGGCCAGCUUUUAUCAGACCGAGUUUUAAACUGUGAACUGCUGCCUCGGUACAUGGGGCUGCCAGAGAGAUGCUGUGGGGGUGCUGGGUGUUCUGGGAGUGGUGCUGGGACUUUCUAUACUUUUGUACAUGCAUGGGGCUGGCACAGGAAGACUGCAGGGCCAGGUGGGCAUGGACACUCAGAAUGGUGGCUUUGGAUCACCAGGACAGCAGCCCCAAGCCAGCCCUUCAGCAAGGGGCUCAGCCCAGCCAGGGCUCCCCAAAUCUGCUGUGAGGCAAUGCUGGGUGGAGAGAGGGGGUAGGCAGUGGGACUGAUGUCCCUGUCCCCAGGUCACUCACCACUAGCAGGGAACCAAGUGCCUACAUGAAGGGCGACCAGCCCCACCCCGUCCUGGCUGGGAGUGGCACCCCCACCUCGGGGGCCCUGCAAGCCCAUGCCAGGGGUUCCAGGCACGUGGUUUGGGGGAGGAAUGCCAGUUUUUGCCAACGCUUGCACGCCCCUUCCCGCAUGGCACGUGUUCUUGUAGGGCCACUCUCCCCCUGCAUGCUGCUCCUCACCCAGCCUGGCCGUGGUCCCCUGGCCUCUCAUCCCAGGGUGCCCCAAGCACCUGCUGCACCCCUGCUCCUGUGCACCCCCAGCACCCCCACAAGCCUUUGCUGGGCACAGCCCCUCUUCUCCCUCCCUGCCUUGGGGUGCCCACUGUGGGACUGCCCCCCAACUCCACCCCUCCAUCGCCAAACUAUGAGGGGCUGCAGGGGCUGGCAGGCCUGAUGCCGUGCCAAUGGGCUCCUUGCCACCCGCUGCCAUUCCCUCCCGAGGGCAGCAGAUGCUCCCCAGGGUACAGGGAUAGGAUGGGAUGGUGAGUCUGGGGUGCCUGCAGGUGGGUGGGGGGCUUUGCUCUGUGUGUGUGUGCAUGUGCACACCUGGGAGCGCAUGGGCAUGUGCACGCAUGUGCAUAUCUGUGGGGCUGCCUGAGCCCCCCCACCCCGCUGCGGCGGUACCUGUGGGUGUCCACACCGUGGCACCCCCUCCUCUAUCCUGCCAGGUCUUGAAUAAAGUCAAUUG